AGUACCUGCAGGGUUUCUGUAAACAACUUCCACGCGGGGAGCCUUAUAAGGUACCUGAAAGAGACUUUGACGAAGACGAAGAAGUCCGCUUAAUUUUGCGAAGAAAGGUCAAAAAUGACGUCUGCUUGUGUAAGAAAUACGGUAAAAUUGUAAAUGGGAAAGCGUGUCCAUUCUGCUGCAAUAGCAAUGACCAGGGAGAACCAAGGAAGAUAAAAGUAAAGAAGUCUCGAAUACCUACCGGAAACUAUGGUCGAACCGGAAGUCUUGCAAAACCGGAUCUGAUCACGAUACCGGAAAAUGACACUUUGUGCCAUGAGCCUGAAGAGCUUUUAAAGAAUGUUGUUAUUAAAACCAAUAUCAAAACUAAAACCUUCAUAAUGCAGUUAAAAAAAGCUCUGGAAGUUACAAUUAAAAACGAUUCAGAUGCCACUAAAAAUGAAGGCUCAGAUAUUCUAAAACACGUAGACACAGUAACACGUGGUGCAAGCUUGCUCCAGAAGUCGAAUAAACAGAACAGCUAUGGUACAUUCAAAGAACAUCCUAAAUCUAAAAAAUGCUCCGUUGCAAAAUGCGACGAUCUAUUGGCCUCCCAAAAAGCCUGCUGUUCUAACAAUAAUACCAAAGAAUCACGUGAUCUUAAGACUAGUGAAAAUGAAAGCAUCAGUUCUGAACUGAACGAACUUCCUUUCACAAGCACACAAAAACCUGUACUUAUACCAGCACAAGAAUUUAUUGGACGGUAUUUUACACCGUCCAAAACGAAUGGACAAUCUGUCUUAAAUAGAACACAGGAACUUGAAACUUCCGGCUCUAAAACUGAAAGUUAUGUAAAUGGUGAAGAAGGCCGUGUUGCCAACGCAACGGACGAUCAAAAGAUUACUGAUGGUUUAUAUGAACUCUCUAUCAAUAUCUGCUCAGAUCAGAAUCAUACGGAUAAUGAAAAACGAUGCUUUCAAUAAACGUUGAAAUAAAUAUAAAUGUACA